UCGUGCCGGUGCCGCAGUUCAAUUUUAACAAGUAAACAACUUCACUCUUUACUCUCCGAAUACCAAACCAAAGCUUAAUCUCACUCUCAGGCUCUUUGAACCAAUCUCACACUUCCAAAUUUAACAGCCUGGAAAAUAUCAUAAAGAAAGCAAAAGCAACUACAUCUCUUUUCUUCUUCAAAUGUUGAAGCUUUUCUCUGUUCAUCAGCGCCUUCUCAGCUUCCUCCACAUUCGUUUCUCUGUUCCUCAUCCUUCUCACAGGGAUUAGGAGGUGAGAUUUAUAGUUCUUUUGGUGUUUUCAAGUCUGAAAUUAAGAGGCAGAUGGCAGCUGAGCUCGUUAAUUCUGCAACGAGUGAUAAACUUCCUGAACUGGAUUGGACUAAGAAUAUCGAAAUAUGUGAAUCAGUGGCCCUUGAUCGGAGGCAAGCUAGAGAUGUUAUUAAAGCUAUUAAAAAACGGUUGGGGAGUAAGAAUCCAAAUGUUCAACUAUAUUCAGUGAUGUUGUUAGAAAUGUUGAUGAACAAUAUUGGAGAACCUGUUCAUAAAGAGGUGAUUGAUACCGGUGUUCUGCCUAUUCUUGUGAAGAUAGUAAAGAAAAAGACAGAUUUGCCUGUAAGGGAGAGAAUAUUUCUUCUACUAGAUGCCACACAAACAUCACUUGGUGGUGCUUCUGGAAAGUUCCCUCAGUACUAUUCUGCAUAUUAUGAUUUGGUGAGUGCAGGAGUACAGUUUCCCCAAAGGCCUCAUGCAACACAAACUAAUAAUCCUACUUCACAAGUAAAGAAAAAAAGUACACUUAAUGGGGAACUUGCUGCCGCCAGACAGGAAAUGUUUGCUCAGCAAGCAGAACCUGAAGUUGUUCCUGAAUCAAGUAUUAUUCAGAAGGCUAGCAAUGCAUUAGAAGUUUUGAGAGAAGUCCUUGAUGCUGUUGAUUCUCAAAAUCCUGAGGGAGCAAAGGAUGAGUUCACUCUUGAUCUUGUGGAACAGUGUUCAUUUCAAAAGCAGCGAGUGAUGCAUCUUGUGAUGACUUCUCGGGAUGAAAAAGUAGUUUCUCGUGCAAUUGAGUUAAAUGAGCAGCUUCAGAGAGUUCUCGCACGACACGAUGCCCUUAUCUCUGGUAGAUCUAUGCCUUCAGAUAGGUCUACAGUUUCAGAUAGAACUACUACAACUGCAACUCAUUUUAGCCUUGACGAAGCAGAGGGUGAAGAGGAGGAGCCUGAGCAGCUUUUCCGAAGAUUACGAAAAGGAAAGGCUUGUGCAAGGCCUGAAGAUGAGGACUCAGACGAACUCGUCUCCACUGGCAUGCUUGGGUCAUCCAUUCCAGGGGAGAGAGAGAGAUUGAACCGUCCCCUUAUAAGACCACUUCAAUCGGAUCAGUCAAACGAGCCUAAUGCAAAUCCUCCAGCAGUUGCAAUUCCACCUCCCCCUGCAAAACACAUGGAGAGAGAGAGAUUCUUUCAGGAAAAGAAGGUUGAUGGUUCUGCUGUGUCUGGCCAUAUGAGGGGUCUGUCAUUACAUAGUCGCAAUGCCAGCAGUUCUCGCAGUGGAAGUGUAGAUUUUAGCGACUGACCCUCAAACUAAAGAUAUUAUUAUAAAUUGUGGUUUUCUGGUUUGUUUUUAAUUGCUAGACUUUUUUAUAUGGUUUCCCAUAUUCUGCUA